AACAAGAUUACAGCACCAGCACAAACAGUGUUGGAUGAAUCAUUCUCUUCUUUGGUUAGCAGCCUCUUUAAUAUUAAAAAUAAAACUUCCAAACAGAGGUGAAGUGAUAUAAAGUAUAAAAAGUUUAAAACUACGACGGGAGCAACUCAAAAUCUGCUUUGUGGUUUCAUCUUCAAGAAGAAAAGGGUAUAAUCCAGUUUGCCCAUAAAAUGCAAUCUUCAUCUUUGUGGUUUGCUGAUCAUGAAUGAAGGAUAUUAUCACCAAGUCCAGCACUACAUGCACAUUAUUAUUAUUACUCUCAGAUUGAGCAAGAAACGUAUUUAAAUCUCCACAUCAAAUUUUUAUUUCAAAGUCGGGAAAGUGCAAUUUGGAGUGUACAUAAUAUUUUAAAGUUCGUUUUCAAACAUUUUACACGGUCCUUGUUCGUGUGACGAGUGAAUUAGAGUAACUCCAUAAAUCAUUCCACACAGUUUUAAAACAUUUUGUAUUCUAUGUAGACUAUUUUUCGUUUGUUUGACUGGGAUGGAACUUUUUUAACAUUGCACAAAAAAGUGGAUCAGAUAAUAUUUCAAGAAUGAACUGAAGAAAUUUGAAUCCCCUCCCACGGCCACCGACAGAGUACAACCUACAUAAUUCAGAAUACUAGCUUCGCAGAGAAUAGAGGAGUCACUGGACCGUUUCCCGUAAAAUUGUUCAAUUUCCUCACAUUUCUGUGAAGAUAAAAAGUUCACUGUGAAGUGUGCAUUUGAGGAAUAGACACCCAACUGAACUCGCAAAGUUAUACAUGUAUUCCAAAAAUUCCUUAAUGUAAACGCAGCUUAGUGCACUCAUCUUCUCUGCUGGAGACAAUUACAUAGUUUGGCGAUUCUGAAAAUCUACACUUUUCACUGGACAUAGUAAAACAUAUUAAUUCAAACCAUGGAUUCCACAUGGCUGGAGAGUCGAACCCCACCCGUAACAAGUGGGAGCUCAAUGAUGGACAUGUCUACAAACCCAUACUCGUCAUCUGCAAGAGGAAGGACUGAUUACAUUCCAGCGUGGAAAGUUCCAAUUUCGAAAUCGUUUUCCUCCGUCAUUUCCACCUCGGAAGAAAGGCCGUCGAGCGAAAGUGGGCUCGGAAGUGGUGGUGAACGAGAUCACAGCACCUCCAGCUCGUCCGACCCUGAGUCAGUGACACCAGCAAAUGUCCUGAAUAGCAAGGGGGUGGGUGACACGGAGGAGGCUUCACUCAUUCAAAUCCUUCUUCCAUGCAUCAUUUGCAACCGCACAUUUUCCCCUGAUGCUCUGGAACGGCAUUCCAAAGUGUGUACAAAAGUUAAUGUGAAAACGCCAUACAAACCAGACCGAGGAAAGUUUGACUCGACUGAGCAGAGAAAAAAGGGGACAAAAGUAGAGUAUUUUAUACCACCACCGGAUACUACUGGUGACACUCGGUUAUCAGCCUCUUCCUCAGGGUUUUCGAGAGGAUCCAAGAAUAGAAGCAGUCUCCGUGGCACAAGCUGCACAACCCGAAGCACAUUAAGUUCGGAAGCGCUUCUUAGUCUACACCAACAGCCUUCGUCACUUGGUCAGAAUCCAAGCAGUCGUCUUGCAGGAGCAACCUCACCAUUGAGAAGACAACGAAGCAUGAGCCAAACAAGAGGAGAACGAGGACAUAGCAAACCUCCAUCAGAGUAUUUGUUCAAUGACGACAAUCACUCCGAAUUCGGGUCCAACUCAGAAGAGUCUCAUGGUACCAUGGAUCCAUCUCUCCCUUCAUAUGCCAAGCCACUCGUUCCCACAGACGAGUGUCCUUUCUGCAACCGGUGCUUUGGUUUCAAAGCCUUUGACAGACAUGUCGAAUAUUGCAAAGAAAAGUACGUCCAACGUCAAUAUGAGGUGCAACCAACACCAAAGGAAAAAAUCGAAGCGAUGGAAAGACAGGAAAUUCGUACGAAAUACCGACCUAUCAAAGGCUCAAGUUCGUGUACCAGCUUGAGAUCUGUGUCACCAGGCAAAGACUUUGCCAGCAUGGCUUACAAACUAUUUGGCCUUCGAAGAACGGACGGAGCCAGCAAUUUGUACAACAAUCAAUUAACCAAUUUCAAAAAGUCAAAAGAAAGCGUUGGUGUCCUUCACUCGGACAGUAACGAGUCUUUAACAAAUUCCUGUUAUGGAGAUUUCACGAGAGGAAUGCGGAGACCUUCUCCAUCACCCUCAAAAAGAGGAGGCAAUGCCAUGAGUGUCACGAACAAGAUUAAUAAUUUGCUCAGUAAAACAUUCCACUAUCAGCAAAACAGCAGUAAUAAUAACUACCUCGCUGCCAACAACAACUCUUCCGGUCCAGUCCAUCCAAUGAAGAUCAAUACGAGCAGCAAUAUUCCAAAGUUGGCAAAGUCGAGUGACAACUUGGCAAUGAUGAUGAACAACACAGGAAUUCCAUACGGACAUGUUUCUUCUUCCGGUUACGGGCAACCACAACAGCAAGUUCCACAACAGGCCAGUAAUAGCUUUAACCGAAACUCAAGAAGUCGAUCCAGUUUACACAAAAACUUCUUCCGGUCUAAGCGGGUAGAGCCGGAAGGAACUGAGAAUACGGGAUCGAAUAUGAUGAUGACAAAUUCUGGCGGUGGUGGUGGUGAGGUUGGUGGUGGCAAGUCAUCUUCAUCCGGCUGUUCCUCUCCCUUAAUUAUAACUCCCAUGACUUUUUACACCAAAGCAAACAAGACCAAUCACCACCAAGAGUUGUUCCGACCAAAAGGGACAACUUUGUUGACUCAAGACCCAAGCUAUGAUCCCUAUGAAAUGGCAGAGAAGCAAUUAGAAGAGCUUUUAAAAUCUCAACCCAUCAAUAAAAAUGUCAAUAAAAAGACAGCGAGGAAAUUGGGGUUGGAGAAAGCAUUCGAAAGCGUUGGCGUGGUUCACUCGGACAGUUUUCACACCAACAUGCCGAGUCGACAUGAUAUGCUGGGUGGUGGUGGAGACCCCAAUGUUGCUGAGAGGAAAGACAAUGAUCAAUUUGUUUUCGACCUUCCGAGUGGGAAAAUGGAUGACAGCUACUGGGAUGAGAUUCUUAAAAAAAGCAGAAACGCUUCCUCCAGCGAAGUUGGUGGAAGGGAUAGACAGCCCGAAAAUAGUCAGAUGUCUAUGUCAACCUCUUCUGAGACCAAGUCACAACAAUCUGACAACAGCAGUUUUGGAGACGUUAACAAAUCUAGAGCUUUAUCGCAAAUCUCCAGCGCUGAUUCUGGCUUCAGUCGAUCUGGAGGGGUGACAGAUCCGGAGUUUGAGGCCCUGGAGUCCAUGGUUGGAGAAGAGUCAGCCAUGAGAAGAGGUGGUCACAGCCAUGAAAGUGGUCGAAACCCCCUCUCGUCCACCCACUCUCUCCUCCUCUCAAACAGAACGCCCUUCGUUCGAAGGACUACGUUUACCCAAAAUCAGGGCAAAGAGCCGGAGAGUCCGAUGCAGAUUUCACCCGCGCCCCUGACACCCUCCGUCCCCACGCGAAACGAAUCCUCCUCCUCGGACGUCUUCUCGCCCGGGCCGGGAAGUGGAGCCAGGUUUUGCCACGAGUGUGGAAAUUCCUACCCGUCCAGCAUUGCGAAAUUUUGCCCGGAAUGUGGAGAAAGAAGAGUUUUCAAGUUUUGAGUAUCGCGACACAAAGAUCCUGAUAACACCAAAUUAAUAUAAAAUUUAUUACUAUAAACGACUAAAGAUAAUUUUCGUUGUCCACAUAUUUUCAAAUAACAUGUUACCUCUGACGUUCAAGAAAUUUUGUGUAUUUCAAAAAAAUAAUUGACUUGUAAUUUCAUGAUUAAUAGUACAUAAAUAUUGUUAGGUAUAAUAAACGUGGAUUUCGUUGAUAGUACAUACAUAAAUUGGGUGCAGCUAGUUUAAUAGUAAUCUGAUGAUUUUACCGAAUUCUGGUCCAUUAACAGUGAUGUCCUUUCUACUUUCUUUAAAUUUGCCUUUUUCAAUAGGUAAUGUACAUACAUGUUUACGUAUGUAUAUCAAUUCCUGUGUAUAAAUAAGUAAUUUCAACUGAUUGUCAAUUAAUAAUACAUAUUCCAAUGAUAACUUUUAAACUAUAAAACUGGCUAACAUAAGAAUCUUAUGAUAAGAUGCUAAUAUUGUACACGUAAUAAUUGUAUCUCGAGAAAUAUUUAGUUUUCCGUUGAUUUUCCCAGAGCUUGUAAACAACACUAUUUAGAGUUGUCACAAAGGAGAAUAUUUUAGAUUAUGGUUUGCUAAAAUGUCUGAGACCGAAAUUGAGAUUGUUUGCGUCAUCAACUGACUAAAUGUUAGUUUGAAGACGAUACAGAUAAAAUUACUGUCAGAAUGACAAGACAUGUUCAACAUGUUUCGUGCUGUAGUAGAAUAUAAUGUAGAAUAAAAUGUGAAAUGCAUGUAAUAUUCUAGUAUUUCUAAUCAAUAAAUAACCAUCAUCGACGUAAA